AUGUUGGAAGAUGAUGACAUCAGUGAGCAGCGAGGUGUUACAGAACAACAAGAGCAGAAACUAACACAUGCUGAUGUGAAGGAGGACAUCAAGUUAGCUGAGAGAAUGAAGUUCAUCCUUGCUAAAGACCCAGUCAAUCACCUCUACAAAGUGUCUAAUAACCUUCUGUUGCAAUCCCUGGAGCCCUAUCAAAUAGAAAAGCCUAGUUGGCGGCCACCAAACUGGGCUUUUGGCCCAGCAUGGACAUAUUUGUACUCUACCAUGGGUUAUGCAUCAUACCGUGUGUGGUUGGAGUUAUACAAGCCUAACCUCCUCGCACUGGCAGACCUACCUCUACCCCUCAAGUUAUUUCUUUUACAAAUUCUGCUGAAUUGGUUGUGGACACCCAUUUUCUUUGGCUUGAAGAAAGUUGCUAUGGCUGUGAUUGAGAUAUGUCUUCUAGAUGUUGCAGUAAUAAUGACCAUGUUUGCAUUUUUGGAGGUUGAUAGCCUGGCAGGACUACUAUUUCUACCAUAUCUAGCCUGGCUGACUUUUGCCACACUUCUCACAGUCUCUAUUUGGAAGACAAAUCCACAGUGGUGCUAUGGACCCCUAUCUUCAAAGGAAAAAUAAUUUUUAUGACAAAGGGAGACCUUAGUCAUGAAUUAAUUGAUGUUGCUAAAAUGAAAGAACAAGAAGAAGGAGAAAAGAAAUACAAAGAAAUGAUGAUCCCCCAGAGGGCUGACCUCACACCAACUGGACAGAGCAUGAGAAUUCUUUUUCGAAGAGUAAGGAAGGCCUGCUGGACUACCACCCCACAACCUCUUAACGGAAGCACGAUGCUUAUCACUGCUUGCUGGCCAAAUAUUUUAUUAAUAAUAUUGAUGUUAUUUUGAAGGGAUAUCCUUCCUUCCUUAGGCUUUAGUAAGCCCCUGUAUAUUACAGAUUUUAAUUUAUAUGUACAGUUGCCUCCAUUUAUAACGAGUACAGCUGCUGCCGUGUUUUGUGAAAUUUGGCACCACUGUGUUUGUUUACGUCAUUGGAAAGCGAUCAGUAUUGGCAGAGUUUCCCCCGCUAUAGCAACCAGAAUAAGAGUAGUAAAUUAGCAGUCAUCCUCUAUCUUUAAAUGCACGCAUUUCCUGUAUGGCUAUAGUUAGACGCUUGUCUACACAUCAUAAUCUGUACCUCUUGUAUAGGGAUGUUAAUUGCUCCUAUAAAUGUAAAGUGUCGUGGUAAGGGCUAAUCACCACUCCAUCGUAAUACCUGAGGACGUCGGGCGAGGCUAGGGCCAGCCUAUUCUUUGGUCUACUGUGCUGUAUCAACAUGUAAUGAUAACAUGCAUAGACUACUUCAUAGUUAAAAGGCUUGUUGGCAGUAAUAUGCUACUGUUAAUUGUAAGGUUCACGUCAUGUCUACUGAUGAGAGCUGUUACUAUGUGUGUUAAAUGUCAGUUUAUUAUAACCAACAUUCAUGACUAAGCAUACUAUCUUAGAAUGAGUUGGUAAAAGUCCAUGCAAUGCAUUACUGCC